UGUUUCUGGAUAUGGUCAUAGUAAUUGUUGUUUUCCUCAUGCCAUAAACAAGGGUUUGUAACCAGGUAUUUCAAGAAGGAACUUGUUCCUGUUCCUUAAACUGGGAUUGAUACUGACUUAUAUACAUAUAUAUAUGUGUGUGUGUAUUUAGAUUACCACAUUAGAAGAAUAAAUUGAGUUGAAUAGCCAUGUUUUUCUUGUACGAAUUCUUCAUUGAUGCAGGUGUAGAGAGCAAACCUUGUACAAAUUGUGUAGCCUAUACUUGUUUUUUCUGGUCCUAAUGUCCUUUUAGGAAACAUAAAGGUAUUUUUCCAAACUUGUUUAUCAUUUUGUUCUUAUGCCAAUGGCCUUUUUUGAGAAUAUACUGUGGUGUUUCCUUGGAAACCUAUGCAUAAACUUUCCCUCCAUUGGGAUGGGAAUUUUGUAUUUUGUACAAGUAGAGAUUUUGGAAGCUAGUUCUAGGCUUUAGAGGAAGAUGUCUGCGGCCUAUAUAGCUGACCGAGAAAUUUUAAGGUUUUGAUAUUUAUGUUUUAUGAUUGUAAUGCAAUGAAAUUGGCUUAAAUGAUGUUGUUGUAUACAGCCUCAUUUUUCUUUUUUAAAUGUAGUAUUCUGAGUAAUUUAUUGUUGAACAAGUCAGCUCUUUGGACUACUUGUCAGAUUUUAAUGUAUUGUUUCCUUCUCCACUGUAUUAAGGAUGUCAUUGAGAAAACAGUCUUAGAUGGUUAAAAUUUGGCGUGUUAAAUGCACUUACAUGAAAAGGAAAACUUUAUCAAAAUUAAGUUUCUGGCUUUUGAGAUCUGUUUUAGUAUUUUUAGUGUGAGCAACCAAAAAAUAAGCAUGAGAGAGUAAUGACCAUCUGGAUGUCUCACUUGAAACUCUAGUAUACUAUUCAUACUUGUUCUGAUAUUUAUUAUUUAAUUUCAGUGAAUGAUAUUUCAAGUGAGGAUAAAGGGAUGCAUCGUAAUUAUUAGAGAAAGAUAUUUGAGAACACAAAGGGCAAGGUUAAUAGAUUAUGUGAAUGUUAGUUGGCAAUUGGAAAUGUAUUUGUGGUGAAAUGUGGCUCGAGGAGUGUUCUUUUAUAUUGAAAAUCACAAAGAGCAAGUUUAAUAGGCUUGUUGAAUGUUGAUUUUUGAUUGUAGUGUUCCUUUAUAUUGAAAACACAAAGGACAAGGUUGAUAGGAUGUGUUCCUUUAUCUUGUGAUUUGUAUUUGUUGAUUCAACUUGCACAGAUUUUGUGAUCUUAUCGUUAAUAUUAAGGUGAGUGAAGGUGCAAAGCCCAAUCAUUUGCCCUACAUGAGAAGUGAUCUGGGAACGGUUGCAGAUAUACCCAUUGUCUGGUAAAUACUCAUGGACAGAUUGGCUUGUUAAUAAUUAUAUUUGUUUUAUGUGGUUGUUUGUUGUCAUUGUUAUUUUCGGACAUAACAAAAUCCAUUCUCCCGAUGCUGAUUAAUGUUCCGAUUCAAGCUGUAUUCCCUGGAGGGACUUGAGUUGGGAAAGUUGCUCUGAAAGGGAGGUAUGCGCUUUUAAUUUCAUAAUUUUACUGUUGAGUUUUUAUGUCUUUUACUAUAUUUUAUGACCUUAUGUAUGAAGUUUGCUUACUGGUUUAUUUUGAAAUAAGAUGUCAAAACCCAGGUAAACAUUCUUGUAUGAACUUAUUUACGUUCUAUAUUGUGAAAGCCAUAUGGCGAUCAAUUCCUUCAUUAAGUCUUUUAAGGUCUGGAUAUAACAAUUGUAAUGUAGUAAUCCGGUAAGUUCAAGAGUUCUUUUCAUUAUCAUGAAAAUUUAUGUAAAACUAACAUCAUGAUUUGCAUGAUAGGAUUAUUGUUUGCUUAUGUACACCAUUAUCAAUGAGUCUAUACCAUACAUGUUUGUUCUUGUUGAAAUGAAGAUAAUGUGAAUAAAGCCAUGAAAACUACACAGGCAAUAGAGUUAGCAAAAUAACAACAGAAAGAACUGGAAUUGCACCUACUAAUAUGGCAGUUUGUUGAUUUAAUAAACAGGUAAAUAUCUCCCAAUGGCUCUUGGUAUUAGGAUUCAAUAAAACGGUGACACCACGUAGGAUUUUAUCCUUUUCAAAUCAUAAAUUAUCACAUCAGAAUUUUAUUUAAAAAAAUAAUAAAUUUUUUUUUAUUAUUGAAACCUGUAAAUGCUCAACUAAAAACCCUUCCUCGAAACCCUAAAUUGUUUGCGGUUUACAAUUUAGGGUUUCAGGCUUAGGGUGUAGGGUUUAGGAUUUAGAAUUUUGGGUAUAGUUUUUAUAGUAUUUGGGUAUAUGAUUUUAGUGUUUUAGGUAGGGUUUAAAAUUUUAAAAAUUUAGAAAAUUUAUACAAUUUGAAUUUAAAGUUUUUUAAAAAAAUAAUGUGGAUGAUGAUGUGAUCCACAUCAUUUAAAAACCCUAUUUAGUCUGAUGUGGUGAUUUAUAAUUGCAAGGGGAUAUAAUCUGACGUGGUGUCACCGUUUCAUACCUCUGGCUCUUUAUAGGCUUGUUGGAGAAGCGUUCUUCAAGUUUCCCAAAGGGACUUCUUCAGAUGUCAAUGGAUGGAAAACCAAGAAGAAGAAUAAGAGCAUUCUCAUCCUUUCUCUUGUUUCUCCUCUUUGUCCAAGAAGCACAACCGACAUCCUUUACCUUCUCCAACAACUGCAAUUACACAGUUUGGGCUGGGACACUCUCCGGUGCAACCUCACAGUCGUUAUCUGAAACUGGCUUCAAGCUCACCCCGGCAUUCUCCACAACCCUCUCAGCUCCACCGGGCUGGUCCGGCCGCUUCUGGGGACGAACUCUCUGCUCCACAGAUUCCACUGGCAAAUUCUCCUGCACCACCGCCGAUUGUGCAACUGGCACAAUCCCUUGCAAUGGUGCCGGCUCCGUACCUCCAGCCACCUUAGCCGAGAUCACUCUCAGUAACAAUGGUGGCCAAGACUUCUACGACAUCAGCCUCGUCGAUGGCUUCAACCUACCAAUGUCUCUAUCACCUGUGGGUGGCCGUGGGGAUUGCGAGCCAGCGAGCUGUGCCUGGGACGUGAACACCGUUUGCCCAAGUGAAAUGCAAGUCACUAGUAAGUCUAGUGGCGCCGUGAUCGCUUGCAGGAGUGCUUGCAAUGCUUUCGGAGAUGCUAAAUAUUGCUGCACUGGAGCUUAUGCAAGUCCCAGUUCUUGCAAGCCUACUAAUUAUUCCAAAUUGUUCAAGGAUGUAUGCCCUGAUGCUUAUAGCUUUGCUUUUGAUGAUCCCUCUAGUACUUUCACUUGCAUUGGUGCUACUACUUAUCUUGUUACCUUUUGCCCUUAGGGUUUGUUUGGAUUGCCUGAAAUAAGUUAUAACUUAUAUUAUUUGCGCAAAUUAGGUUUAAAAAAAAUAAAGUCUUAUUUUAUUUUA